AACUCAAGAACUUCCUUGUCCUGUGGCUGAAUCCCGGUUCACCAGUGGUCUCUUGCGGAUUGCUGGCCUGCUGGAGGAAGGUGGGGUAUGUGGUAUUCCCACCGAUACAGUGUAUGCCCUGGCUGCCUCCUGCAAGAACCCUCAGGCUAUAGAGAAGAUCUACAACAUUAAAGACAGACCAGCAGAGAAGCCCAUCUGUAUUUGUAUCUCCAGUGUGGAGCAACUGGUGGCAGCCAAACCUCCCUUCAGCCCUCUGCUCUGGGAGUUCAUGAGGAACGUGUACCCAGGAGGCAUCAGCUGCAUUGUCAGCAAAGGAGACUGGCUCCUCAGACUGGGCGUGGGACCAGCUUAUGACCGUGUUGGUACCAGAGACAGCAUCAUGAUCCGUGUCCCUGACCACACUGUGACCGGGCACUUGUGUCACAUGACUGGACCCCUUGCCAUUACUUCAGCCAAUCCCAGCGGAGAGCCUGACAGCACCCACCACAGCAUGGUCAUCAGUCGACUAGGACACAAGAUUCAGGGGGUUCUGUGUGACGGCGACUCCAAUGAAGUGGUGGCCUCCACCGUGGUCAACUGCCUGAAGAUCAAUGAAGGGAUCAUCAACAUUGUGAGGGAAGGCUGUGUUCCUGCAGUAAAAGUCCGACAAAUAUUUGACAGAGUGAAGAGCUCUAUGCUGUAAUUAUCAUGUAGUCGCUUUUGUCCACCUCAGUAAAUCUCUUCACUUCUGUCUGGAUUUCUUACAGUUUCUUGUCCUUAAGUGCAUGCUAUCUAUAUACACAUUUAACCACUCAGGGAGAUUAUAUGAAGAAUAUCAGUGUAAAUAUGUUAAGUAGACUCCAUAUUACUGAAUGAUACUAGCUCAAAUCACCAAUCACCACCUCACUAAA